UGAUUUGGACCGUUGGGAGCGUUCGAGAAUGAAGAUUACAGUUAAAACUGGCAGAGCAGCUAACGAUAUCCAUUUCCCAACUCCGCAAAUGAGAGGGCUCAACUAAAUCGGGGGGAAAAAUUAGGGUUACGGCUCUGAAUUCUUUCGAAUGGAGAGCCUAAUCUAUGCAAAUUCAAUCCCUUUCAAGCUCCACGGCAGUUCCCCACUGAAUUCCCGCCUCGCCUCGCCUCGGAAACUCGCUCCGCCGCCGGAAUCGCGCCGGUUUGGUCCGCUCUCCGCCACUCUGCAUCCCACUUACUUGGUUUCCACCGAAAAAAUCGAUGAACUCCCGGCGAAAAAGUCGCGAAUUUCCGUCGAUGUGGGAAAUGCGGUAAAGGAUAAGCCGCAAUUCCUCACACUGAUUGCUCAGAAAUUAUCUCAGUGGCGGAAGGUGUUCAGAAUUGGGAGAGUGUUACUAAUAUCAACAAUAUUUUUGACAUCUCUCCAUCUGGCAUUGAUGCUACCGGCUUUUGCUAGUUUCCCAGCUGCUAACAAAGCCGGAGGUGCAGCUGCAGUCACAGUAGGUAGUAGUCUCAUACGCCAUGAGUUAUUCAGCAGUGCGUGGACUGGUUUUCUUGCAGGUUGCUUGCACACACUAUCGGGUCCUGAUCAUCUUGCUGCCCUAGCUCCACUCUCAAUCGGGCGAACGAGGAUGGAGAGUGCUGCUGUCGGGGCCCUCUGGGGCUGCGGCCAUGACACUGGCCAGGUCAUAUUCGGCCUACUCUUUCUGCUCUUGAAGGAUCAGCUUCACAUUGAGGUCAUCCGGACUUGGGGGACGCGGGUGGUGGGAGUCACUCUGCUUGUGAUCGGAGCCAUGGGGAUAAAGGAGGCUUCCGGAGUCCCUGCUCCCUGUGUCGCGUUGGAAACUGGUGAAUACAACGUUGGUGCUUAUGAAGCCAUUGUGAGCCCAUCCGUUGCCACUAAGAAGGUCGGAUUCGCCACGUUUGCAACGGGGAUAGUCCACGGACUGCAGCCGGAUGCCCUGAUGAUGAUCUUGCCGGCACUGGCCCUGCCUUCUCGUCUGGCCGGUGCUGCGUUUCUGGUGAUGUUCUUGGUCGGGACCGUGAUUGCCAUGGGAAGCUACACCGUGUUCAUCGGUUCGUGUAGUGAGGCUCUCAAGGAUAGGGUUCCUAGAGUGACUGAGAAGCUCACUUGGGCAUCUUCCCUUGUAGCCAUUGCUCUAGGGCUUGCUAUCUUGGUCACCCAAUUCUUCGGAUUUAGCUUAUAUUGAUCAUUUGCUGUCUGAGAAUCCGCUAUUGGAUUCAAUUUGUAUUGAUUUGAUAAGAGUUAUGUAAUUUGUAUCCGUUGAUGUAAAUGGUAAUUCCUAUUUGCAGCAA